GCUUAUUCAAAGGCUGCUUCUGUGGUUGAACAAACAAUAGGCUCCAUUCGAACUGUAAGUACGUUGUGGGUGCCUGAGCUACCUAAAUUACUAAAUGUAUGUAUCCUCCUGAUAACUUCAGCCACUCGAUCUUUAAUUAGGUUGCAUCAUUUACUGGGGAGAAGCAAGCUGUGGCUACUUACAACAAGUUACUUGAGAAAGCUUACCAAUCCGGUGUACAAGAAGGGCUGGCAACAGGAUUAGGCCUUGGGUCAGUUUAUUUUGUCAUGUUUUGCAGCUAUGGGUUGGCUAUUUGGUUCGGUGCCAGGAUGAUAUUGGAAAAGGGUUACACAGGAGGAGAAGUGUUCAGUGUUAUUAUUGCGGUGUUGGCUGGUUCCAUGUCCUUAGGGCAGGCAUCUCCUUGUAUGAGUGCCUUUGCUGCAGGCCAAGCUGCAGCCUUCAAGAUGUUCGAGACUAUAAACCGGAGGCCAUCCAUAGAUGCAUAUGACACCACAGCAGGUAAGAUACUGGAUGAUGACAUCCGUGGAGAUAUUGAACUGAGAGACAUCUACUUCAGUUAUCCAGCCAGACCAGAUGAACAAAUAUUUUGCGGCUUCUCUUUGUUUGUACACAAUGGCACAACUGCAGCUCUAGUUGGACAAAGUGGGAGUGGGAAGUCGACCGUGAUCAGUCUGAUCGAGCGUUUUUAUGAUCCGCAAGCUGGUGAAAUUCUUAUAGAUGGGAUUAAUCUCAAAGACUUCCAGCUUAGGUGGAUUAGAAAAAAGAUUGCUCUUGUCAGCCAAGAACCUGUUCUUUUCACAGCAAGCAUAAAGGAUAAUAUUUCCUAUGGAAAACCUGGUGCAAGUAUGGAUGAGAUCAGGGCAGCGGCCGAGCUCCAAAUGCUGCAAAGUUCAUCGACAAGCUUCCCCAGGGGCUAGACACAAUGGUUGGUGAACACGGGACACAGCUUUCUGGGGGUCAGAAGCAGAGAGUGGCUAUUGCAAGAGCAAUUAUAAAAGAUCCUAGAAUCUUACUCCUAGAUGAGGCAACAAGUGCAUUAGACGCAGAGUCUGAGAGAGUGGUGCAAGAGGCAUUGGACAGGAUCAUGGUUAACAGAACAACCAUCAUAGUCGCACAUCGCUUGACGACAGUGAGAAAUGCUCACAUGAUUGCUGUCAUUCAUCAGGGAAAGAUUGUUGAAAAAGGCACGCAUCUUGAGCUACUCAAAGACCCUGAGGGAACAUACUCACAACUCGUGUGUUUACAAGAAGCGGAUAAGGAUAGAGAACAAUAUGAAAGGCAAUUAAGCCAAAGGAGGACAUCCUCUUUACGCUCAGUAAGCCGGAGUUCAUCUGGAAUAGGAAAUAGCAGUCGGCGUUCCAUCUCUGCUUCCUCCUUUGGUUUGCCCACUGGACUUGGUGUGACUGAAACCACAGCUGCAGACCCUGAAAUUCCUUCACCAGAGAAACUCUCUACAAAGAUCCCGAUCCGUCGCCUUGCCUCUCUCAACAAGCCUGAGAUUCCAGUGCUCCUAGCAGGAACUAUUUCUGGUGUGAUAAAUGGUGCAAUCCUUCCACUUUUUGGGAUCUUGAUCUCCAACGUAAUCAAAGCAUUUUAUGAACCGCCGCAUGAACUAAAGAAAGACGCCAACUUUUGGUCACUAAUAUUUGUGGUUCUUGGAGCUGUCUCAUUUCUAGCAUGUCCAGCAAGGACGUACUUUUUUGGGGUGGCUGGUUGUAGGCUGAUAAAAAGGGUCAGGUCAAUGUGUUUUGAAAAGGUGAUUCGCAUGGAGGUUGGUUGGUUUGAUGAACCCGAGCACUCGAGUGGAGUGAUUGGUGCCAGGCUUUCUGCUGACGCAUCAACAGUGCGUGGUCUAGUAGGAGACGCACUCGCACAAAUAGUCCAAGAUACUGCAUCAGCAGUUGUGGGUCUAGCUAUUGCAUUUGAAGCAAGUUGGCAAUUGGCCCUUAUCAUACUUGCUAUGAUACCUAUGAUUGGAUUGAAUGGAUAUGCUCAAAUCAAGUUCAUGAAAGGAUUCAGUGCCGAUGCAAAGGUAUACGCAACUUGAUCUCGACAGUUAAACUUUAUAUACUC